CUCUCUCUCUCUCUCUCUCUCUCUCUCUAAAUCAAACACACCCACACACAACCAAAUCAUGUUGCACCUUCUUUUGCUUGGGCAUUUUGUAUCUACAUCAAGAUCUUGGAGGAAUCUAGGGAUUUCAAGUUUGUGGGCUUUCCUCCAUCACCAUCUCACUCAUCUCUCUUGUGUGCUACCAAUUGAGUAGGAUGGCGCGUGGAGGUGGUCGUGGGAGAGGUGUAGCACGAGGGGCUAGAGUGCAACCCCCAAGAGCAAAGAGAAGAACUAGAGAGCCUAUCCAAGAGGCAGCUAGCGCGGUUGAAGGGAGAGAAACUCCGGCUCUACAAGAGAACUUUGAUGGAGCCCAAAUGAUGAGAGCAUUUACCCAGGCUCUCCAGCGUAUGGCCAACACUACACCACAGCGGGCACAACAAUCUCUUCCUGCGGAGCCAGAGUCUCGUGCCAUUUCUGCCAUGAGGGAGUUUCGUCGCAUGACGCCACCUAUUUUUAGGGGGGAGCCCGACCCCAUUGCUGCAGAUAGUUGGUUGUCCAAGAUAAGUAAGACCUUGGAUACUUUGCAAAUCACAGAGGAUGGCUUGAGGGUGUCCUUUGCUGCUUAUCAAUUGGAGGAUGCUGCUGCUCUUUGGUGGGAAUCAAUUGAGAACACUGGAGGUGUGGCGGGUAUGACUUGGGCCACAUUUAAGAAAAUAUUUCUGAAGAAGUAUUUUCCAGAGAUGGUUAAAGACACGUUGCGGGAAGAAUUUUUGGGAUUGGUCCAAGGAAACUCUACAGUUAUGGAGUAUGAAGCAAGGUUUACGGCACUUUCCCGAUUUGCGCUUGAAACAAUUUCAACUGAGAACUUGAAGGCAAGGAGAUUUGAGCGGGGUCUUAACCCCGAUAUCAGAAAAGGGGUUGUUGGCCAUCGAUAUAAGAAGUACUCCAAAGUCUUUGAAUGUGCCUUGGCACUUGAAGGUGAUGCUCAAUGUGCUAAACAAAUCAAGGAGCCCAAAAGUCAAACGGUGGGUUUUUCUUUUCAACCCGAUAGUAGAAAGAGGGGCAGGGAGACAACUAAUGCAAUUCAAGGAACGGAGUCAGUUAAACGAGCACAGUCUGUCGGAAGGUCGGCUUCGGGAGUUUUCCUUUGCUAUCAUUGCAAUCAACCAGGGCAUCGAAAGUCUGAAUGCCCACUUAUGAAUCAAAGUCAAAGCGGAGGACCACGAAUUUGCCACCAAUGUGGUCAGGCGGGGCAUAUCCAACGCUUUUGUCCUAACGCUCAGAGCUCCCAAAGAGUGAUUGGGUCACAUCAAUUCAGAGCUUCACAGCACACUUCAGGCCGUCAGGGCUAUAGGCCUUCUCAGCAAUCCUUUUCUGCUCAGGGAUCUCGUGCUACCCAAGGCUCUAAACCUACUCAUAGUGCGACUACCACUCCUUCUGUUCAACAGCCUAAGCCGGGAGGUCAGCAGGGCCGUGUUUUUACAGUUGCAGCUACUACAGCUUCAGAAUCUACGGGGCCUUCUGUGGUCCGAGGUACUUUCUUAUUCUUUCAUACUUGGGCUAAUGUACUUAUAGAUACUGGUGCAUCUCAUUCCUUCAUAUCUUCUGCCUUUGCUACUACGUUGGGAUUGGAAAUAGACUUGUUAAGCUCUUUCUUGUCUGUAGACACGCCUGUUGGAGGUAGAAUGAUUCUUAAUAGACAUAUCAGGCUACGAUCGAUUGUCACCGAAGAAGGGUAUCAGUGUGCACUCCAGAUGGUGAUUGUUUUUACUUUUUGGAAGAUCGAGAGGAUAGUUUGGUCCCACCUCUUUACACCUUGCGUGGUCGAGGAGAGCUUAGUUAUCUCUUUUCCAUCACCUUGA